AUGGAUGCAAAUACAGUCACUGUCUCCCGCUUUGUAUGGGAAGUAGCCAAGGUUUUCUGGAACCUCUGGUUCCUGGGAUUAAACUCGAAAUCGAAGCCAAUUUGGCCGUGGCCACAACCACCAUCGGAAAAGAAUGGGGAGAAGCCUUCGACAGUGUUUGCCUCCCUGAGAGAAGAUCACCUCCGUGACGGGAAACUGGGCAUUUACCGUGUGUCUAUUCCCGAGGAAGCAGAGUACCAAGCGGCACAACCCCAAAAUGAGUCUACAUCAACCAAAGCCAUGGUUUGCGAUAACAUGCACAACCCUUUGCCUAUCGCACCCCCAUCUCUGAAUAGUCGAAGAAUCGCUUGGGAGGCACUGUACCCAGGGGCAACUCCCAGUGAGCGAGAUCGACCAUUCACACUGAUCCUACGACCCGAGUUUGACUUCUGGACAUUCGUCUACGGUCCCGAUGGCCGCGACUUCAACAAGAUCCGAGAGCGUCUCAUGGAGGAGCAACCCCCUGAGAAAGGUCAUGCUAUUGUAGUUUGGCCUGCCAGUCUCCAGGGUGCGGAUGGUAGCGAGCUCUCGUCCGAGGUAUGCAAACUAAUCAACUUGGAAGGAAUUAGCAGGAUCUGGCACGACAUCUUAGGUUGGUACGACGAUUUCACCAAGACUCGAGUGACUACAUUGCGAAGCCAUUUGGAGGACCUCUCAGAAACCCGGAAGGUACGAACGAUCCAGGGUGCUGCAAAACUCCCAGGAGGAUUCAAGGACGUUCUGUCUGAGAUAAAAAAAGAGCGAGACGCCUGUAAGGCUGUUAUCAAUGGAUUUCUCGACAGAAAAAGCCCAGACUUAACUACUAUCGUUUUCAUCAGCAACUGGGCUAUUAAAGGGAAGGAGGGCCACUGGGUUGGUGUGCCUGAGCGUAUCAACCUGGCUGGGGACCUCUGGCGAGGGCGGGCUGAAACUCCUGAAGAGAAGUUGGAGAUCUCGGAGUUGGUCUUGGAGAUCAAGGAGCGUGCUAAGUCUGAUCUCUUGCGUGUAUGA